CAUUUUACCGGGGAAUCACAGAAGUUGCUAACCUACAUUUGAGCUUGAGUUGAGGACUAAACAUUUUCUUUGAAAUGACUACGGGGGACGACCAGCAACCAGCAGAAGACGUGCGCUCAGAAAGUGGGUCUGUUGAACCUCCAUGCAUUGAAAAUAUUCUCAUAGAAUGUAUAAAAAAGGACGACGUUGAACGAUUACAGCAAUGUUAUGACAACGAGGAAGACCCGCACUACGGGAAAGUCGAUGAACUUUUGAACAAACGAGACGACGAUGAUGACAGAGCUCCGGUGGAUUUGGCAUGCACCAUGGGCAGGUUGGAAAUUCUGAGGUUUAUGAUAGAGAAAGGUGUUAACACAAAUAUACGAGACCAUGAAGGAAAGUCGCCACUGGAUUUUGCCUGCGUCCUCGGUAGACCUGAGAUAGUGAGAGAACUUUUGGAGAAUGGUUCAACUGAGGUCGACACAGCUACUGCCAGAGGGUAUACAGCACUACAUAGAGCAGCAGCGUGGGAUAAAUUAGAUUGUAUUAAAUGUUUAGUCGAGUUUGGAGCUAACAUGAAAAUGAAAACAACUCACGGAGAACGAGCCAAGGAAAUAGCAUUGAGAUACAACAGGACAGAGUGUGCCUUUUACCUUGACUGGGCAGAGGCAAGGUAUGAAUUACAACAUCUUUGCAAGGAAACAAAAGAAACCAUUGAAGAUCCACAGAAAGUCUUGGGAAGACUGACUAAAGACGAUAAGAUUACUGCUCUAAAUGCAUGUAGUGAGAAGCAAGAAUGGCUGGAAACGACAGAAAAUCCAACUAUUGAAGAUUUUGUACAACAGAAGAAGGAAUUUGAGGAGAUAUUACAACCUAUACAAAUCAAACUAUCAGAACCACCUCCUGAAAAACCACAUCGACGAUAAACUUGAGUUUCCGCAUGUUGUGUAUAUACUGAAUUUUCUUCUCUGCUGCUGUUGCUGUUGUUGCUUCAACUACUAAGGAUAUCUCUUAUCAGUACCACUUGGUUCCAACCACUGAACCUGUUAAUAGAAGGCUCUUUGGAUAAGUCUGGGGGUUCCAUUCCAUUCAUUCUACCUCUACCGCUCAUCACUUUAUUCCCGGUGGAAUUGAUUGUUCUCAAUAAUGAAGAAAUUGUUUUUUUACUGAAUUGUGAUAUGUUAGAUAUAAAACUAUUUUCACUAGUUUUUAUCAAAUGUGCGAUUCAAAUAAACUGACCUGAUUUUUUAUGUAUAUAUAUAUUGUUCAAAAUAUGUUAUUGAACUUUUUGAUAUUGUUUAUCUUGAGAUUUUUUAUCAAAAAUUGAGAUUUGUGUAUUAG